GGAGCCCCUUGCUCUGAGGUGAGUGGGGGGCUGUGGGAGGCGGGGCGGGGCUCUGGCCCAGAGGCUCUGGGUCCGCUAGAGAUGCUCCUCCACCCGGGCCGUAGCUGGGUCUGCCGCACUUGGUGGAGGGAGCGAGGCGGCGGCUCCUCCUCGACUCCCGCUUUGGACUUGGUGGCCCAGUACGUUCUGUCCCCUGUAAAGCGAAGCCUGUGUUAAUGUCACAGCCACGAAGCCCCAAACACUUGGUUCGGGUAAGAUGCUACUGGCCUUUUGGGAAGAUGUGUCGGAGCAGCCAAAGGGAAUGUUUGCACAGGGUGGUGAAUCGGCCCAGUGGGAGAGCAGAAAAGGCAGAGCCCCUCCGGUUCACCCCAUAGCAGAAGCCUGGUUUUUGGAGGGCAUUGUCUACUGGAGCGGUGUCAGUUCCAAAAGCUCCUGCCCUUUUCUGGGAGGGAGACCAGGCGAUGGCAGCCAUACUCCUGACAACCUGGCCCCAGGGCCCGAGCCAUGGAAUUGGCCCUAGGGCAGCAGGAACCUGUUGUUUCAGAAGUCGGUGACCUUCGAGGACGUGGCUGUGUACUUCACCCCGACGGAGUGGGAUGGCCUGUCCCCUGCACAGAGGGCCCUGUACAGGGAGGUGAUGCUGGAGAAUUAUGGGAAUGUGGCCUCCCUGGGAUUUUCACUUCUCAAACCUGCUGUGAUCUCACAACUAGAGGGAGGAGGUGAGCUGGGGUGCCCAUCUCUACUGACUGCUGGAACAGGCACAGGGCCCCCGGGCCUCUGGACUGAUAUUGACAUCCAGACUGACAAUAAUAUGACAAAGUUAAUAUACGAAGAAAAACAUAAUACAUCAUUUGUACUUCAGGGGGACUUUCCCCAGGAAACAGACUUUUCAGAAGCCUGUAUUCUAGAAAAACAACAGCAAGAAGUCCACUCAGUAGGAAGCCUGAAGAAAGAAAACAGCAGUGUCAUUGACAGAACAGUGAAAGACGACACAAGCCUCAUGGAGGAGGAGUGUUUCUUUAGUCAGAGUCCAAAGUUGAAUCAGUGUCAUACCAUCAUCUCCACCGAACAGCCCCCUGAGUGUACAGGAUUGGAGAAAGCCUUUAGGUUUGACACAAAACUUAUUCAACACAAAAUAAGUAAUUCUAGGGAAAGAUCUUUUGAAUGUGAAGAAUUAGUGGAAACCUUUAGGUAUAACGCUCAACUUAAUCAGCAUCAAGAUAGCUACACUAGGGUGAAGCCCUAUCAAUGUAAAGAGUGUGGCAAAGCCUUUAGCGCUAAUGCAAAAUUAAUUUGGCAUCAAAGACUUCAUAGUGGGGAGAAACCCUUCAAAUGUGUGGAGUGUGGGAAAAGCUUCAGUUACAGUUCCCAUUACAUCACACAUCAGACAAUACACAGUGGGGAGAAGCCCUAUCAGUGUAAGGUGUGUGGGAAAGCCUUCAGUGUUAACGGGAGUCUAAGCAGGCAUCAGAGAAUCCAUACAGGAGAGAAGCCGUAUCAGUGCAAAGAAUGUGGAAAUAGCUUCAGCUGCAGUUCUGCAUAUAUCACACAUCAGAGAGUCCACACUGGGGAGAAACCUUAUGAGUGUAAUGACUGUGGGAAAGCUUUCAAUGUUAAUGCAAAAUUAAUUCAACACCAGAGAAUCCACACUGGAGAGAAACCUUAUGAAUGUCAUGAAUGUGGGAAAGGCUUCAGGUGCAGCUCCCAGCUUAGGCAACAUCAGAGCAUCCACACUGGAGAGAAGCCCUAUCAGUGUAAGGAGUGUGGAAAGGCCUUCAGUAAUAAUGCAAAACUCAUUCAGCAUCAGAGAAUCCACACAGGUGAGAAACCCUAUGAGUGUACUGAAUGUGGAAAAGCCUUUAGUGUCAAAGGAAAGUUAAUCCAGCACCAGAGAAUCCACACAGGUGAGAAGCCCUAUGAGUGUAAUGAAUGUGGGAAAGCCUUCAGGUGUAAUUCCCAGCUUCGGCAGCAUCUGAGAAUCCACACUGGGGAGAAACCCUAUGAGUGUAAUGAGUGUGGAAAGGCCUUCAACGUCAAUGCAAAACUAAUGCAGCAUCAGAGGAUUCACACUGGGGAGAAACCCUUUGAAUGUAAUGAGUGUGGGAAAUGCUUUACUUCUAAAAGAAACCUACUUGAUCAUCACCGAAUCCAUACAGGAGAAAAACCUUAUCAAUGUAAAGACUGUGGGAAAGCCUUCAGUAUCAAUGCCAAACUAACUAGACAUCAGAGAAUACACACCGGGGAGAAACCUUUCAAAUGUAUGGAAUGUGAGAAAGCAUUUAGCUGUAGUUCUGACUAUAUUGUACAUCAGAGAAUCCAUACUGGAGAGAAACCCUUUCAGUGUAAGGAGUGUGGAAAAGCCUUCCAUGUUAAUGCCCACUUGAUUCGGCAUCAGAGAAGCCACACAGGGGAGAAACCCUUCAGAUGUGUGGAGUGUGGCAAAGGCUUCAGCUAUAGUUCUGACUGUAUUAUACACCAGACUGUCCAUACUUGGAAGAAACCCUAUGUGUGUACUGUAUGUGGGAAAGCCUUCAGGUUUAGCUUCCAACUCAGUCAGCAUCAGAGUGUCCAUAGUGAAGGAAAAUCCUAAUGAGAAAGAUGUAGAAAACUCAAGGCUAAUGCUGAACUGAAUCAGGUGUCAGAUUCACCCUGGUGGAAAACCCUGAAAGAAAUGAAUAUGGCAGAGUCUUCACAUGGAAACAAAUCAUUUUCAUUUUAUUCAACUGUAAAUCAGGAAUGAUGACCAAUUAAAAAGUAACAUUGAAAAACUAGUUUGUUUUAUACCAACAACCAGUUAGAAAAUACAAUGAAAGAAAAUAUCCCAUUCCCAACACCAUCAAGAGAAGUAGAUUUUCUAGGAAUAAACUUAAUUAUUAUGCAGGCCAUGUAUGGAGAAAUUAUAAAUGUCCAUUUGAGGGCUUCAAAAUGAAACUUACAUAAAUGGAGAGACAGAAGAAAUCUUGUUCUUGAAUAGAAAACUUACAAAGAUACUCCCUCUACCUAAAUUUAUUUCCCUUUCAUUUCUGACAACUAGCAUGCAUCACUUUUGUAAAGAGGAAAAACAAUAAAGAUUUCCUUUAAAAAGGAAAAA